AUGACCGUUCGGAAUACUGUUAAUAUCGCACCUAUCAGUCCGAACAAAGACCCUCUAUCGUCUCAGUCGCGCUUGUCAAUCUCGAAUCGAGAAAGGGAAUACCCCCAAAGCGGGAGUCUCUUGCCUCUCGAAUAUCAAUCCUUACUUGCUCUCGUUGAUCUCGGACGAAGAUGUGCGAUAGAUCCCAAACUGGCUUUAAUUCCCACGUUUGUUCACGCUGCCUUUUCCCAGGUUCAUCUAUCCAAUCUGAUCGAGGCUCAGAUCAGCAACGAGGUGGAUGCGCUAGCAGUUGGUGCACCACAUGGAUCGAUUGAAAACUUACAAUACUUGUCCAACAUCCUCGAGAGGCAUUCUAAUCAUAGCAAUGACGCUUUGAAAGCUCUCUCGAAUCUGUUCGAACAUCAAUCUGACCAAGGAGAUGGUUCGCGACGAUUGGCUGAAGCUAUGAACACCAGAAUUUACCCUGGUCUAGAGAUAGGUGCAGAAGGGUCGCUUCCCGUACAUACCUCUGGUCAAGGCACAUACAGCUCGCCCGGACUGAAGGACGAUUACCGAGAGCUUUUGUCACGUUCAGUCAUGCUUAUAGACCGCUGCUCCAUGGGCAUUCAGACCAUGAUGAAUAAGGCCAUGGUGCUGGAAUCGCACAAGGCUAUCGAGCAAGCUGAAGAUUUGAAGAAGCUCACACUUUUGGCGUCAUUUUUCAUCCCAUUGAGCUUUGUCUCUAGUGUCUUUGGCAUGAACUUCCGGAUUAUGGGUCAAGGUUCAUUGGCUAUAUGGUGGUUCUUUGCUGUUGCAGUUCCGAUUACUUUACUCUCUCAGAUGUGGUACAUAUGGGACUCACAGAAAUUCAGGGCUUGGCGGAAGAAAGAAGUCCUGGGAAAGCGGCAUUCUCCUAGGUGA